GCUCUGCUCGGUCCGGGUCUGUCGCAUAGACUAAAAACAUGGCAGUUCGGUUGUGACGCGGCGUGAAGAGCGGUUCUGCUGACGCUGCACCUUCACAGCGUGUCAUUUUGGGUCGGACUCUGAGAGAGAGCGACGCAGCGGUGCGUGUUUCAGCGGCUUUGCGUUUCCCCCCCGCAUCUUUCGGAACUUUCCCACAUUAGACGCGUGGACCAUAAAAGGACAAACACAUCCGCUUCCUGCGCCGCGGUCUGCGGCUCCGAGCCGAGGAGGAGCUCCGCGGGGCCGGCGGGAGCCUGCCCGCCCGUCCGGAGACCACCAGACCGACCCGAAGCAGCCCGAGUGGACCCGAACGGACACGAGCCUCCACCUGCUGCUGCGCGGCGCGCGCCUCCCGCUCAACCCGAAUUCAGCGCGAGCGCUGGGCUCAGCCCGGAGCUUUAAGCAGCCGCUAAUUUCUCUUAUUUCACAGCUUUUCAGCUGUUUGUUCUCUUAUAAAGUAACGGAACCGAUGCGGUUUGGACUCUAAACCCACAUUUAAAGAGUUUCCCCCCCAGACUGGAUCAAAAAGUCCAGCUGCCCCUCCAGGGACCGCCCGUUUCUCCAGCAUCUUGCCGGGAUGAGUCUGCCGGAUAACGGCUCCCUGGCGGAGCUGCCCGCCCCGGACUCCAACUCCUCCAACCGGACCCAGCACCCGCAUUCCGCCGCCGCGCCGCCGGACCUGAGCCGGGCGGUGCCGGUGGGCAUGGUGCUGGCCUCCUUCAUCAUGUUCGCCAUCGUGGGGAACAUCCUGGUCAUCCUGUCGGUGGUCUGCAACCGACACCUGCGGACCCCCACCAACUACUUCAUCAUCAACCUGGCCAUGGCCGACCUGCUGCUGAGCACCACGGUGCUGCCGGUGUCCGCCACCCUGGAGGUUCUGGGCUACUGGGUGUUCGGCCGGAUCUUCUGUGACAUCUGGGCGGCGGUGGACGUGCUGUGCUGCACGGCGUCCAUCAUGUCUCUGUGCGUCAUCUCCAUCGACCGCUACGUGGGCGUCCGCUACCCGCUGCAGUACCCCACCGUGGUCACCAGGAGGCGGGCGCUGCUCGCCAUGCUGGCCGUCUGGAUCCUGGCCUUCGUCAUCUCCAUCGGCCCGCUGCUGGGCUGGAAGCAGCCGCCCUCACAGGACGACACGGUGUGCCUGAUCACGGAGGAGCCCUUCUACGCCCUCUUCUCCUCCCUGGGCUCCUUCUACAUCCCCCUGGCCGUCAUCCUGGCCAUGUACUGCCGCGUCUACGUGGUCGCCAAGCGCACCACCAGGAACCUGGAGGCCGGCAUGAUGAAGGACAGCGCCAAGGACUCCGGCGAGCUCACCCUGAGGAUCCACUGCCGGAACCAGCAGCAGAUCCACGACCUGUGCCCGUCCUCCAAGGCGGGCGGCGCCGGCGGGGGGGCGGCGGCGGGACGCAGCGCCCUCACCGUCAAGCUGCUCAAGUUCUCGCGGGAGAAGAAGGCGGCCAAGACGCUGGGCGUGGUGGUGGGCAUGUUCAUCCUCUGCUGGCUGCCCUUCUUCCUGGUUCUGCCUAUCAGCUCCUUCAACAGCAGCCUGCGUCCUCCUGAGACGCUCUUCAAGGUCAUCUUCUGGCUGGGAUACUUCAACAGCUGCCUGAACCCCAUCAUCUACCCGUACUACAGCCGCGACUUCAAGCAGGUAAGGCCCCGCCUCCUGCUCGCCUCCUGCUCGCCUCCUCCUCCUCCUCCUCCUCCUCCUCCUCACCCCCUCCUUUCCCGCCCGCAGGCCUUCAUCCGGAUCCUGCGGUGCCGCUGGAAGACCAAGCGUCAGGGCUGGCAGGCCUACUACAACUACCGGUGCCAGCAGGGGUCAAACACCUCGUCCUUCCUGAACGGCAGCCAGCAGACGCUCUCCUCCGUCAGCCACAGUCCCUGCUGCGUCUCCUCCAGGCUCCGCCCCCCGCCGUGGCCCUCCGCCGCCAAGCACCCGCUCCCCGGGUCGGCGCCGGCCCCGGGCCCCCUGUCGCCGCUCACCAGGGAUGCCGGGAUGCGGCGGGGGGCGGAGAACAGCGUGAGCAUCACCAGAGAAGAAGAAUGAGGCCGAGGCGCCCUGCUGCAGGCAGGAAGUGAUGUCAUAGACACUGGGAUCCGUUGACCAAUGGGGUGCUCGGCCUCGUGGACACACCUGUGGCAGGAGGCGGAGCUCCUCCCCCUCACAGGUGCAGACGCACCUGAACACCGGCUGGGUUCCAGGAGGAGAACCGAGCCGGAGCGACAGAGCAGAACCGGGUCUUUGCUGACCAAUCAGCUGCCAGAUAAUUUACCAACAUGUACAUAUUUACACAGAUUUUACUUUUAUACCUUAACUACAGAUUCUGCUGUCGUUUAUUUAUUGUUUUGUUUACGAAAACUGUUCUUUCAGCUCUUAUUGUGAAGGGCUGUGGCUUUAGCAGGACUUUUAUUGUGAAAGUCUCUCCGGUGUUCCUGUCUGGUUCUGCUGAGCCGGUCUGUCAGCGGAUGAUGAGGUUCUGAAGCAUCAGCCGCAGUGACGUCACCGUGACGCAGCCCCUGGUUGGAGGAAGGCGGCGGUCAUUCAGCGCCACCUGGCGGACUGUAGAGGAACUGCAGCGGGUCUGCGAGAAGCGUUCACCUGUUUGUUUCAAUAAAAACAUGUUUGCUGUGUUGAAAAGUCA